AGCUAGAGGGAGACGUAAAGGGGGCGUGACAGUGACGUCACGUACAUGUCCGCCUUGGCGAAGCUCCGUGCGUCGAUUCCCACAGUUUAUUUUUUAUUUAUAAGGGGUUAGUUCUCCUGACCCUGGUCUACGCGGUCCAGAGGUUAACAAUGACUCAACGACGAUUAGACUGAGUGUUUAAGGUUCAGUACGUGACCUGGGCCACGCAGACAUGGACCGGCGCAGAAUUCCCCCCGUCCUGAUCCUGUGCUGUUUGUGGGCGCGUGUGGUGGGAGCCAAAGUGCUUCCUCCAGCAAAUGUGACGCUGCUCUGUCAUAACAUGCAGAACACUCUCCAGUGGACGUACGAGCCGCCAUCUGAUGGUGUAAAGUUUAAAGUGACUGUCGGCUCCUUUCAAGCGCCACCUGUUUCACUGUUGGUGGACUCCCCUGUUACAUCCAUAGACCUGUCUGAGUUUUCAGACCCGGGAAAUGAGUACUCGGUGCACGUGUCAGCUGUGAAGGGCCUAGAAGAAUCUGAUCCUGUCCCCGAUGAUGGGAUUGAUUUCAGCUAUUACAAAGACGCUACCGCAGCUGUUAUAUGUGCAGUGGACUUUCCCUUGGUCAAUAUAACCAGAGAGGACAAACUCAUCCACUUCAGAUUCACACACCCAGGACUUAUAUAUCUCACCGGUGGCAAAACCAUGAAGAAGAAAAGCCUGGACUCUCAAACGGGUCUGCCCGACCUUGACUACCACAUAGAGGUCAUUAAUGAGAGUCAGUCGUAUACAUACAGUUGCUCAGAGACUGUCUGUUGGGACAAGCUUCCAGUACCUGACAAUGAGAACAAGUAUUGUCUGAACAUCAGCGGGGAGAUGAACAACAUACAAGUACAAGCGCUAAAUACGUACUGUUCUGAGCCUCAGGAAACACCAGGAAUCAGUGCCCUUGCCUACAUCUUGCCUAUUGUCUUGGUGGUGGCAGCUGGUCUCCUCAUUGGUUUAAUGCUGUUCGUUAAAAAAACAAGACCAAACACUUCUGGUCCAGAAGCUCUGGCCUUUCCUAAGGGUCAUCAGCAGACGGAGCCUGUAUCGCCUGCGAGCACAGUUUACUCUGCUGUUAACCUGGAGCCUUCUUCCCCACUCCCUCUACUCUCCCCAAACCAGGACUCAUGCCAAGUCCCUCUCAUCCCAAACCACACAGCAAAUGGCAGCAGCACAGGCAAUAAUAACAUGCGACUACGUAUUGGAGUAGAAGACGAUGAAAAGAAAGCAGAGUAUGAAAAAGCAUCAGGGGCACAGGGGGCGCUAGAGGAGGGCUACACAGAGGGCAAGUACUUGGAAGAAGAGGAAGAGUCAGCACUCCAUGUCCCAUAUGAGCCACGUAACAUGACUGCAGUGAAUUCAGAAUGAAGCUACAUGCGAUAAACUCCCACCAUUCACUCAAACACCCCAACGCUGUCUCACCAGAUAUAAGUAAACAACAUUUAUUAGAACAAAGCCUGCCCAUCUGUAAGUGCAACAGCUGCAUCUGCCACAGCAUGUUUGUGCUACAGGUGUGUGUGUGUGUGUGCGCUACAGACGUGCACAGUGUGUAUGUAUCUGCUGUAAGCCUUUCAGAGGUUUUCAUUUGAUCACACUUAUUUUAUACUUUAGUUUUGUCCUGAUUGUUAAACCCUAACAUUUCAAAAGAAAAGAUAAUGUCACUUUAAAUGAGACCACUUACUUUUGUUUGCACCUUAAUAAUUGAAACUGUGCCUUUUGACUCGACUAGACAAAUCUGAACAUUAAAAGUGCUUAAAGCUUUAAACAUUAUGAAAACAACCGUUCUGGAGUCUGGAAAGACCCAAAACUAAAUCUAAAAAUGAAUCAUUUGCACUUUGAGCUGUUACACUGAAAUUUGUCCCAAGUUUAACUAAACCUACUUUUCUACACUAAGAGCUGAUCCUGCCCCCGUCCUGCCCCCGUCCUGCCCCCGUCCUGCCCCCGUCCUGCCCCCGUCCUGCCCCCGUCCUGCCCCCGUCCUGCCCCCGUCCUGCCCCCGUCCUGCCCCCGUCCUGCCCCCGUCCUGCCCCCGUCCUGCCCCCGUCCUGCCCCUAUAUCACUGCUGCUUCCAUGUUAUGUACAGGUCUGAUCGCUGGGGCUUUGAGGCGGGACAGAGUUUGCAGUCCUGAUUGGCUUUACAUAAAUAUCCUCGUCCCUGUGGUGGUGGUAAAAGUCAAAAAGCCAAGACUUCUGUCUAGCACCGCCAUGAGGGCAUCAUCUAUAUAUCUUGUCUUAUGAUGUUACACUGAGCAUGUGCCAUUCCCUUUAAAUUUGCACUAAUUGUAUGAUUUUAUUUGUCUGUUUUGUCAAAUAUGACUUUUAUAUUUUUUUAUUACUUUUGCAUCUUUGUGAAUCAGUGUCCACUCUGCUACUGCGUUAUUCAGAAUAAUGUGUUUUAUUUCUGUUACGUCCUUGUAUUUUCAUUUAAAUGUAUUUGUUGAGAUUAUUUGCUUCAGCUAUAAAACGAUGAUUCCUUGGCUUAUUUACUCAUG